AGAACACACCAACAUGUAUACACACCAGAGUGAAGAAACAGGAAGAAAAUCGUUUCAACAAUGUCGAGACUGUAAAGGUGAAUCAUCACGAGAUAGCGUUGACAGCUGAAAGAUGUGUGUACCGGAAGUAAAUACUUAUACCACCCGCUCUUCACGUGGAUUAACAGGGGAUACAGUGUUGGCUACAGGAGGCAAGAUACACCGACAAAAAUCAUGGCGGAGGUCCCCGCACAUAAAGACAACCCGUCUUACAAGUGCCUGUUAUGCCUCAGUGAGUGCAAAAUACCCCGUCAGCUACCGUGCUUUCAUACAUUUUGUACAAGUUGUUUAGACACUUACAUCAACUCCGAAUACGUUUUAGAGGACAACAGGACAUAUUUUCCCUGUCCGGUGUGUGAAAGUCCUUGUUCCCCUAACAACAAGGAGGCUCCCGUUAGCUCCUGGGCCGGGUCGUUUCCUUUACAUCCGAAUUUCGGAUCCUUGACUUGCAAGAAGACAGAAUCUAGUGAGACUUUCUGCCAUGGGUGUCUUACCGAUGGUGAAGAGAGUGUUGGUUCAUUCUGGUGUAGAGACUGCAAGGAGGUCCUGUGCAAGCAGUGUCGAGUGGCACACCGACGAAGCACGUUACUUUCCAAGCACAACGUCAUUGCCAUAGAUGAGGUUACUAAGUCAGAUGUACAGUUGCCUGUCACCAUUGACGAAACAUGUCCUCAUCAUGCGGGGAAGACGAUCGAAGUAUAUUGUAUCGACCACAACGCCUUGUGUUGUGUUCUGUGUGUGACACUGUCACACAGAUCAUGCCAGAAUGUAAGCAGUCUAGAAGACAUGACAAAGAAGAUCACUCCAGGAUUCGUUGAAAGUGGGAUAGAUAAAAUUAACAAUGAGUCAAAGAGGAUCGUCGAUGAGGACGAAAACAAACUAACAGCCCUCGCAACUGAUUAUCAGUCAAUGACCAAAGACAUGGCCACAAUGAUUAAGAAAGCGAAAGAUAAACUGGAUGAUCUUCAGGCUGAUUUCGAGACCGGCCUCGAUCACACAUACAAACGUAAUAAAGACAGCUUAUUGGACCGAUUACGUACCAAUAAGGUGUUUCAAACAAAUGUGCAAAACACCAAUCAGUUGAUGUUGCUGAUGAAGGAAAGAGGAUCGGACUGUCAACAGUUUAUUACAGCGGAGCAAUCCAAGACACAGAUUAUUAGACAUGUACGACGACUGCAGCAGAGGACCAAAGACAAACACAACACUUUCGAAAUGAAAAUCAAAUAUGACGAAACAUUAGAAAAGGUCACGAAUGUGAUGACAAAUAUAGGAACGUUGGACGUGUCGUCUUCAUUAUCACCAACCUCACUUGAUGCCCUCACGUCUAUCGGAACAAUUAUUGACACGCUACAGUCAACACCGUUCGUAACACCAUUUACCGAAUCCACCUCCUCUUCGGACAUAAAGGGUGCUGUAGAGAAGGUAGCAGUUCAGUCUUCGUCGGGGAAGCAGCGCGUAGACGUGUUGACCGGAUCGUUGUCUCUGAUCAAAUCUGUACAUAGAAGUGUCAUUGGUUGGCAAAAAAUGCCUUUUUUGACAGGAGGGGUAUUCAUAGACGGAGAAGGUCUUUAUGUAACGGAGUUCAACAACCAGAGAAUUUUGGUGUUUGACGAUCAAUAUAACUAUGUCCGACAGUAUGAUGUGGAUGGUUUCCCUACUGAUAUCACAAAGGGGUUUGCACCUAAUGAGGUACUGAUAGCCCUAUUGAACGCACCAAUCCUCAGGUGCGCAAUUCAGGGAGGUGUCCUUACCACGGUCGGUAGUAUAACUAGUGCAAAAGCAUGGGGUGUGAAUACUCUCGGAGAUAAAAUACUGAUUGGGAAAAAUAAUACUGUGCAGUUUUUAACAUCAAACGGGGUACAAAGGGAGUCUUUUAGUAAAAGUGGUGGAUAUACGUAUGUGGCUGUAUCUCCGCACGGAUUCUUUUUCCACAGAGAUGGUGACGUCAUUGUGUGUCGAUCACGUGAUGGGACGGAAGUGUUCCGGCAUAUGUGCAAGGGAAUGAGAGAACCACGAGGAAUUACCGUUGACCAGGAUUGUAAUGUAUAUGUCUGCGGUAAGCUGUCAGGAGGGGUUCACCUGAUAUCUCCAGACGGUUCUAAAGAUACUCUCCUACUUUCGAAAAUGUAUGGGUUCACGGAGCCUUACGCUAUAAUGCUUCAUCCAACAAGACAGGAGGUCAUUGUAACAUCAAGCCAGGAAGAAGUGGUUUUGGAAGUCUACAAGUUCUGUGGUCUAUGAUUGGCGGAGCUAGACAGACUAUUUGAAUAUUUUCUAUUUAAUCAUAACUGCUUGAAUAUAUAAGAAGUAAAUACUAUAUAAAAAAAAUGCUUUUAAACAUAUUAUAGGACUAGUUUUGUUGUUAUUGCUUUAGAUACUUGUGACUCGCUUCCUUCAAAUGCAGGAGUCAAUUGCCAGUGAAGAAACUUUUUUGUGGUUUUAGUCCUUGCAACAGCUAAGGUCACAUGGAGACGGUUGCCUAGGGAGACGCUUAGGAGACACGCUAGGGAGUCGGGGCUAGGGAGACGCUAUGGAGACGCCGCAGUAGAGAAGAAAGGCUAGCAGUGACAGAUCCCAGGUGUUGAAAUGGUGGCAGCGGAUCAGUUUUGGUUGUUUAAAUGUCCUCUUAGUUAAAGACACGAAAGAAAACUGCUGAUUAUUUGGGGCAUAUUAGUUAGAUGCAGCAAACAUUUUCUUUCCCAAUAACUUCACAUAACUAAUUGACGAAAGGAACAUUAGAUUAUGUCUUCCUGUUUUAUUUCUUAUUGUUUUUAUUUACCAAUGAUUCCAAAUUUAAGUUUAAAGACGAGUUGCUCAACCAUGGAUUUCGAAAUAUUACCUGUCAUUAGGAAUAUUUUAACUUCGAUACUUGUUUGAUAAUAUCUCUCGGUUAUUUUGAUCCUUCUACUUUUAUGGGAGUUAUGCCCCUUUUUGCAAAAUCCUUAGUCAAAGCACUGUUAAUUCUUAUUUCCAUAUUCAUUAUGUCCAGAAUUCAGAUCACUAAAACUUUUUAUAUAUUUAUAUGAAACUUUAUAAACACUGUCAUCGCUUGAUAUAUCAGUAAAUUACAAUUCAUUCUUCGUUAAUUCGGAGAGGAGAGUGUGUAGGGAAGCCUAUAUAUGACUUACUGACCUAGUGCAUUUGUGAUUCCUUCAACAAAUACUGUCUCUCUGUCCGAUUUUUUCUCUUGUUUCGAAAAUAUGCAAAGAAGGUAUUAAAAAUUAUGAAAAAAAAAAAUUAAUCCAAACAAAAAGCAUUUUUCAGUUACCACAUACGGCUAUUGUAGUACAUAUAUUUCAUCGUCAUACUAACCUUAAGUAACAAUAACCUGAAUUGUUAUCCUUAUUGCGUUGCAAUUAGUUUUGUCUUUGGUUUUUCCAAAUACUGUUACAUGUUGUUGAGUACCUCUUGAUAUGAUCACGAAAUAAUAAUUCAUAUGCCAGUUUUUUAUAAUUGCAAUUUUAACACUGUACACUGGGAAACUGUAUGAUGCUUAAACCAUACUCCAGACAUGAAGGAAGUAAACAAUUUGGAAAAAAGACAGCGCACGCACUAUAAAAUGUUGGCCUUUGUGA